AUGAGCAGCAGUUAUUGCAUACUCUUGGUUUACGCAAUGAGCAGCAGUUAUUGCAUACUCUUGGUUUACGCAAUGAGCAGCAGUUAUUGCAUACUCUUGGUUUACGCAAUGAGCAGCAGUUAUUGCAUACUCUUGGUUUACGCAAUGAGCAGCAGUUAUUGCAUACUCUUGGUUUACGCAAUGAGCAGCAGUUAUUGCAUACUCUUGGUUUACGCAAUGAGCAGCAGUUAUUGCAUACUCUUGGUUUACGCAAUGAGCAGCAGUUAUUGCAUACUCUUGGUUUACGCAAUGAGCAGCAGUUAUUGCAUACUCUUGGUUUACGCAAUGAGCAGCAGUUAUUGCAUACUCUUGGUUUACGCAAUGAGCAGCAGUUAUUGCAUACUCUUGGUUUACGCAAUGAGCAGCAGUUAUUGCAUACUCUUGGUUUACGCAAUGAGCAGCAGUUAUUGCAUACUCUUCGUUGAUCAAAGAAGCGCCACAAAUGUGUCCACCUGA